UCACGUAAUAUUGUAUAAAACUCACUGAAAAUUGUCAAGACGACAUUUGAUAAAUUCUUCCGAUGUAUUCGUUAUUACGGGUUUUACUGUACAUGAAACCUGGGAAACCUGGGAAGAUACCCAUUGAAGAUCCCCCCCCCCUCACACAUGGAAACAAGCUUACCAUUUAGUUGUAACAUUCAUAUUUUUUAUGGUUAACAUUUUUUUUCGAAAUGCGAAACAUGUUAGAUGGUCUAGUGUCUUUUAUAUACGGAUGUAUAGCACAGGAAAUGGGAAUUAUAUUGAAACAUGAAGGAAUAAUGAUAUGGGCGAUCUUCUUGUUUUUGUUCGUAGUUUGGCAGAUUGUCGCUUGGGAAGGUUAUUCUUCAUCCCCUAUUGACUGCCUGCUAAGUUUAGAGGUGUGGGGAAUUCUUAGAAGCUUGGUUAUGCUUGCUGGGACAUUAGCUAGUUACAGGUAUAUGAGUGGUGGAGUGUGGAGUGCAGGAUUGAGUGAAUAUCACUCUGGUUUAGAAGAAUCCACAUCACUCAACCACUGUUCCUAUCCGUUCAAUCAUCACUCAUUAUUCAUCCUGGCCUUGACAGAAUUCAGUGGUUCCUGUGUCCUAACAUUUCUAGCGGAUAAGAUAUUUUCAAAUAAUUUCUUGAUAAACAAUGAUCCAGAAAAAUAUUUUAGUGGAAGUAUAUUUGCAUUUUUUGUCAUCAUUUUCGUUCUCCUUGGAAUGGACAUUUCAGGAGCCAUGUUCCACCCAACCCUGGCUACUCUUCUUCUAGGUGGUUGCAAGGGUCAAGGAGCCUUGGAGCAUAUUCUUGUUUACUGGUUGGCUCCAAUAUCCGGAGUUUGGAGCGCGAGAUGGCUCCAAAGAUUACCUACAAAAGAUAUACCUCAAUCAGAAAAGAAGAAAAAGUUAAAAUCUUCUUAAUUUUUAAUAACUUUGAUUUGUGUGUCAUUUUUUGCUUUGCCUCAAUAGCUUGCCUGCUAUAGAAAAUUAUUCAAUAUCUUUCAUUAUCUUAAAAAAAGAGAUAUCUGUUAUUUUAUCUUUUAGUAAAUUCACCCAAA